UUUCUGCAGAGCUUUGUUUUGAAAGCUAGAGAGUCGCCCUCUGCAGGUGUGGAAGAUGGCCCAUGCCCGCAUCUCCAUGUACCUGCCCCCUGACAUCAACCCUGCCCAGGCUGCCAUUGCCUACGGCUGUCGGGCCCUGCCCAAGCUGAACGAGGAGCUGCAGUCUGAGGACCUGCUGACGAGGCAGAAAGCCCUCAGGGCUCUGUGUGACCUGAUGCAUGACCCCGAGCAUGUCUACGUGGCCAUCGACAUAGGCUGCCUGGAGAGCCUGAAAGCUUUGCUGAAGGACAGCAAUGAUGUGGUGCGGAUCCAGGCCACCGAGGUUCUCUACAUCAUGGCGACCCAUAACGUGGGCAGAGAAGGCUUUUUGGAGCAUGAUAUCAUCCUUGCCCUGUCCUUCCUGCUGAACGACCCGCAGCCCGCCUGCCGGCAGAACCUGCACCUGGCAUACAAACACCUGGCCCAGCUGCCUUCAGACGUGGACUCCAGGUAA